GCCCUUUAACGCAUCACUCCUCCUUGCCCUUCCUCUGCGGAGUUUCCAACUUUUCACUUGAAGAUCAACAGCGCAACUUUCCAAACUUGCUCAAGUGCUGUGUUGUGCAAACAACAGCUUUUGCCAAAACACUUCCACGUCGCGCUGACUCGCCUCUGUCACGAUGUGGCUGCGCUGCGGACGCACGUCAAACUAUUUCACCUCCUUCAGCUGUCGGGUCUUCAGGUCCCGUCUGGAUGUUUUGGGUCGGAGGGGGUGUAAAACGGCGGCGUUCAUGCCGGAGGCUGCGGGCUUCGAGGGGGUGUCGAGCCGGUCGGAGCUGCAGGAGCUCUCGGUGUCCCGCAGCAGCAGCAGCUUCUGGGCCGCGGUGGCGCGUCACAGGCUGAGCUGGAUCAGUCCCUUCACCACGGUGCAGGACUGCGACCUGAGCCGGGGCAGGAUCAAGUGGUUUGAGGGAGGACAGCUCAACGUGUCCGUAAACUGUCUGGACCGCCACGUGCACACCUGUCCUGACAGGGUGGCGCUGAUCUGGGAGAGAGAUGAGCCGGGGUCGGAGGUCAGGGUUACCUACAGACAGCUCCUGGAGAUGACGUGUCGUGUAGGCAACCUGUUGAGGCGGCAUGGCGUGAAGAGGGGGGACUGCGUCACCAUCUACAUGCCCACCUGCCCUCUGGCUGUGGCGUCCAUGUUGGCCUGCGCCCGUAUCGGUGCUGCCCACAACGUGGUGUUUGCCGGGUUUAGCGCGGAGGCCCUCUCAGAGCGAAUCAGAGACGCCCAGUCCAGCGUCGUCAUCACGGUGAACCAGGGCGUGAGGGGGGGUAAGGUCACGGAGCUGAAGAGGACGGUGGACGAGGCGGUCCAGAGCUGCCCGGCCAUACGGCGGGUGUUUGUUGCUAUGAGAACAGAGGCUGCGGUUGUCAUGACAGCCAGGGAUGUCGCCAUGGAGGAGGAGAUGUCGACAGAGGACGCGGUGUGUGAGCCGGCAGCCAUGGACAGUGAGGACAUCUUGUUUCUGCUUUACACAUCGGGCAGCACGGGGAAGCCCAAAGGCCUGGUCCACACUCAGGCUGGGUAUCUGCUGUACGCCGCACUCACCCACAGGUACGUGUUCGACUACCAUGAUGGAGACGUGUUUGGCUGUGUGGCAGACAUCGGCUGGAUAACAGGCCACAGCUACAGCGUCUAUGGCCCGCUGGCCAACGGGGGAACCACUGUCCUGUUUGAGAGCACUCCCAUUUACCCUGACCCAGGAAGGUACUGGGAGAUGGUUCAGAGACUGAAGAUUAACCAGUUUUAUGGAGCUCCCACAGCGAUCCGCCUGCUGCUCAAAUACGGAGACCAGUGGGUGAAAAAAUACGACCGCUCCUCCCUCAAAACGCUGGGCUCUGUGGGCGAGCCCAUUAACACUGAAGCGUGGGAGUGGUACUACAGCGUGGUCGGGGACAGACGCUGUCCUGUGGUGGACACCUGGUGGCAAACAGAGACAGGUGGCAUCUGCAUCGCCCCGAGGCCGUCGGACCCGGACGCAGAGAUUGUCCCAGGAAUGGCUAUGAGACCUUUCUUUGGCAUAAAGCCAGUGCUCAUGGACACCGAGGGAAAAGUUGUGACUUCCAACAACACGUCCGGAGCUCUGUGUAUAGCUCAGCCAUGGCCCGGGAUGGCCCGAUCGAUUCACAACAACCACCAGAGAUUCACUGAGACCUACUGUCAGCCCUAUCCUGGUUAUUUUUACACCGGCGAUGGCGCCUAUCGAUCCAAGGAGGGAUAUUACCAGAUCACCGGGCGCCUCGACGAUGUCAUCAAUGUGAGCGGUCACAGGAUUGGGACGGCGGAGAUAGAGGAUGUAGUGAAUCAAUGUUCUGCCGUGGCUGAAUCUGCCGUCAUAGGAAUCUCCCACGACAUCAAAGGACAAGGCGUUUAUGCCUUCGUGGUUCUAAAGAAAAGCGCAGACGCCCAAGAGUCGGACGUGUCCCGGCAACUGAAGGAAGCGGUGUCUAAAAAGAUCGCCAAGUACGCCUGUCCAGACCACAUCCAGAUCGUCAAGCGUCUGCCCAAGACGCGUUCGGGUAAGAUAAUGCGGCGGGUGCUGCGGAAGGUGGUGGAGCGCGAGCUGGACGGGCUGGGUGACCUCAGCACGCUGGACGACCCCGCGGUGGUUCAGGAAAUCAUCGACGGUCACGCUGAGCUCUUACGUAAACAACAGUCACAAUGAUUCUUAUUCAAAAGAGGAACUUGAAGUUUCUCUCCAUUUUAUUUUUUUAAAAAUAGACUUAAUGAAAAUAGACUUUAUGAAAAUGUAUUUUAGAGGCAAAAUAUUAUUUUUUAUUUGUAUUGCACAUAUUAAUAUUUGUAUCAAAUCGAGAACAAAAUUUUUUAAACUGUAUGCAUUGUCCACAGAUGUACUUCAACAAAAACAGAACUGAAUGAUAGAGUGUGUGAACAUGUACAAAUAAACCACUGGAAUAUCACCAUACAUAAA